AUGGGCUCACAAAAAUGGGGUUGUGUGAUUCUACUAGGGCUUGCCAUUGUCUUCCAUUUGAGUGCAUUGGCCCUUGCUGAUGGCAAUGCUGAUCAAACUGAUCGGUGGGGUGAUGAUGGAUGUGGGAGAGGACGAUGUGGUGGUCGUCGUGGAGGGUUUGGGCGUGGUGGUGGAGGACGUGGUGGUGGUUUAGGAGGUGGAGGAGGCCGUGGAGGUGGAUUUGGAGCAGGUGGUGGACUUGGUGGUGGUGGUGGCGCUGGAGGUGGAGGAGGGGGAGGUGUUGGAGGUGGUUCAGGUAAGGGUGGUGGGUUUGGUGCUGGAGGGGGAGUAGGUGGUGGGGCCGGAGGAGUUGGUGCCGGUGGUGGUGGAGGUGGAGGUGGAGGAGGAGGCGGCGAAGGUGGUGGUCUAGGAGGUGGUUCGGGUCAUGGGAGUGGAUUUGGUGCUGGCGGAGGUGUAGGGAGUGGUGGUGCUGGAGGUCAUGGUGGUGGCUUUGGAGCUGGUGGAGGUGUGGGUGGAGCCGGAGGUGUUGGUGCCGGUGGAGGAGGAGGAGGUGGUGGAGGCGGUGGAGGGGGAGGUGGAAUUGGUGGUGGUUCGGGUCAUGGAGGUGGCUUUGGAGCGGGGGGAGGGGUAGGUAGUGGUGUCGGAGGAGGAGCUGGUGGAGGUGUUGGCGGAGGAGCUGGAGGUGGUGGUGGUUUAGGUGGAGGACAUGGAGGUGGUGGAAAAGGAGGGGGAUUUGGAGUUGGAAUAGGCAUUGGAAUAGGUGUUGGAGUGGGUGCCGGUGCUGGAAAAGGAACCGGCAGUGGAUCCGGUAGUGGCGGAGGAGGCCGAAGGUAA